GAAAUAACCUCUCCCAAAACGAAUCGUCACAAUAACAAACCAAAAAAUGUCAAAAGCCUCCAAAUUCACCCUCCUGGGAACCUCCCUCUUCGCGCUGGGCACAGUCGUCUUCGUGCACUACCAGCAAAAGGCCGAGCAACAAGCCAUGCACCAAGGCGUAAUCCGCGACAUGGAACAACAACGCCUAAAACGCGAGCGACAAGCCGACUUCGACAUGCAGCGCGCCCUCGAGGCCGAGUACAAAAAGGACCAAAGCGUCAGGGACACAACCGCCGAGAUGGACCCAGCACUGUCAAAAAGAGGGGGGUUGAACGUGCCGGUAGCCAGGUAGCAUUGGUGGUGGUCAAGGGAAGAGAAAAACACACAGAGAGAUAGAUACCCACGAUGGCUUCAUGUAUAAAAUAUGUAUCAUUACACUUCUCACACAUCAUCUUACGUACCAUAUUGUUUGCGCUUAUAUCUACAAGCAAACAAACGCAAAAGACGAAAUGAUAAUCCCCCCCGCUUCCAGUCUCGCUGCUGCCUUUCAAACGCAGAAACGUUGCCGGCU